AUGAACAACUCGAGGAGAGGACCAAAAGGCCCUACAUUCAAGUGCUGCCACGCCGCCUGCACUCGACGAUUCAAAGAGACCAACGAAGGCCGCAUUCAGGUCGAAGAAAGCGAGGCUGUCAUGGAUCUCGUCCUUAAGAGCUUCUACGAGCAAACUAUCCAGUUCUUCAACCCUGAAUUCGACUCGAAGGCGUGGUUCAAGAUUGCGGCCGCCGAACCUGACAAGAGUUGGAACGACGCUGUCAUGCUCAUGACAGGUGCGAGAAUGGCGGCUGACAAGGUAUCGUUUCCAUGGUCCGAGACCAAUAAACUCAAUUUACCAAUGACUGCUCCACUACGACCUGCCAGACCUAGCAGAGAGGGCCAAGAACGAGUUCGGCAGUUACUUCGUGGAGGUUUCCUCGCCUGUCUCUCUUGUCAAGUUCGGCAUCCAGCUUUUCCAGCCCGAUCUGAAAUCUGACAAGAAAAUGCACGAGAUUGCUGCGCGCCAGAUCGGUGCUCGUAUGGGAGAGAUCACACGAGAUCCCGCUGCGUGGAAGGUUGUCUAUAGCAACGAGGAGUUGUCGCAAUCUGCCCUUACUGACCUGAUCGCGCCAUCAGCAUGGAGGAGACCAGCCAGUGAAUGCAACAUGCCGAGUGGGGAAGCGAUUGAGCGGGACAUCGGUAAUGAAGUAUUUUGCAGAAUCGUAUUCAGGUUGGCGCGUAGCACAUCUGCAAAGAUGUGUCAAUGA